CAGUUCACAAAGUAAUUCUAGUGUAGAUCAUUCCGGGACUUUUAGAGAAAAUAAAAUUUAAUUUUUUUCAAAUUACAUACAAUGCCGGGAAAGAAGCGUGAAAAGGCUCAUUGCAAACCUGUAUAUAACGUCCAGAAAGUAGUGCGCCUUACUCGCAAAGGCUACUUUUUAGGGGACUACAAGAGGCCCUCCUGCGGAAUGUCCGCACAGGAUAUACAUGCAGCCAGGCAAUGGAAUAAGCUAUCCCCCGCACUAAAGGAGCGUUUUAAGAAUAUGAUGAAACCUGUGAUCGAUACUAACAGCCCACCUCAAGAGGUCGAGAGUCAUUCUAAUGGGAAAAGCCCCCUUAAAACUAAACUGGAGAAACUACGUCAAAAGAAAGAGAUGUUUGCAUACAUUAAUUUUCUGCGAGUUUUCAAAAAGAAAAAUCCCACUUUGGAGGCCGAGGAUCUAUUAAAGAAGUCAACUCGUAUGUGGCGCCGUCUACAAGGACAUCAGCGAAAAAAAUUUGAGAAGCCGCUUUAGAUCGUUAGAACAGGAUAAGAAGCAGUAAUCAGUUUUGGCAAUAUUAAAAUGAUAAAAUUUGAAGUGAAACAUAUUAAGCUAAUGAGAUUUUGUUAGGUAAAUGAAAAUAAUUGGUUUCUGCUAACUAUUUUUCAUUAUAAUCAUUAUAAUUCUAUUUUAGAAUCGUAAGAAAAGAAUAAGAAGCAGUUCUCAGUUUUAGCAAUAUUGAAAUGUAUAAAUUUAUUGUGACAAAUAUAAAACCAAUGAGAUUUUGUAAGGUAAAUGAAAA